GCAGUGUACAGUUCGUUGGGUGCCCGCAAAUGUUCUAACGAGAAGAGAAAAUUCAAGGUGCAUGAUUUCUUCAACUUCUUCUUCUUCUUUUCCAGAAAACAUAUUUAAGAUGUAUGACUCAAGUCAACGUGUUGCCUUCAUUUAAUUGCCUUUGUUGUUAUUGAUUAAUCGACAAUGGGGAGAAGGAUCUGCUGUUCUUCCUCCGCUCUCCUCUUCCUCCUUAUCUUCAGCCGGCCUGCCUUCUCCGUCUCCAGUGGGGCAGACACCUUAUCGCCUGAUGGGCCUCUCCUCGAUGACGGAGUAACCGCUUUGGUCUCCUCCGGCGGCAGCUUCCGGCUGGGCUUCUUCAGCCCCAACGGUUCCACCAACCGCUACGUCGGAAUAUGGUACAACAACAUCCCCCACCAAACCGUCGUGUGGGUCGCCAACCGUCGGCAGCCAAUCACCGCCCGCUCUGGCAACCUCUCUUUGACCAGAAACGGCACACUUAUCCUCACCGGCGAAAACACCUCCGCCCUCAUUUGGUCUUCCGAGUCGUCGUCGGCCUCGGCCCUCAGGAAUCCAGUCGCACGGCUACUCGACGAUGGCAACUUUGUGGUCCAAGAGGCAAGCAGCAACGGCAACGUCGACCCAAACAGCUUCGCAUGGCAGAGCUUCGACUUCCCGACGGACACGUUCUUGCCCGGCAUGGGGCUGGGGAAGAAGGAGCUCAGCACAGGGGCCAUCCUCAACAUCAACAUCACGGCCUGGAAUAGCUCCACGGAUCCGGCUCCAAGCCGAUAUGCCUUCGGAUUCGACGUGCAAGGCGACCCCCAAAUAUUCAUCUGGUCAGAUACACAACCCUACUGGCGCGGAGGCCCAUGGAAUGGCCGCUUGUUCAGUGGUCUCGCGGAGAUGAUGAACAGAUCCGACAGCGUCAUAGAUUUCAAGGUGGAUAAAAAUCAGAUCAGCUACCGGCCAAUAAACCAGUCUUGGACCAUCGUAAUGUGGAAAUUGGACCCCUCAGGCUACCUACAACUACUCGUGUGGAUCGAGGCUGAACAAUUCUGGAUUCUCAGUUGGUCCCUACCCAAGGACCACUGCGAUCACAUGUCCUCGUGCGGUCCCAACAGUUACUGCAGCUCCAACGUCUGGCCACCGUGCACAUGCUUGCCGGCGUUUCAUCCAAGGAACCAACGUAAUUGGGAUUUGCUGGACUGGUCAGACGGCUGCAUGAGGACGACGCCUCUGGACUGUCAAGAUGAUACCGAUAGAUUCUUCACACAGAGUGACACAAAGUUGCCCGACACGUCCAAAUCGACAGUACUCAAUGCAAACUGGAGCUUUGGGGAGUGCAGGGCUUUGUGCUUGAGCAACUGCGCAUGCAGAGCAUAUGCUGCAUUGAACAUAAGUGGGAGUGGCAGUGGCAGUGGCUGCUUGAUAUGGACAGACGAUCUCACUGAUAUCACCGUGUAUGGGAGCGGGCUAGGACAAGAUCUUUAUGUCAAAUAUGGAACUGCAAAUAUUCCAUCAGCAGUAUCUGAAGCUUUACGCAGUCAUUCUAAUCGUAAUAUCUUAAUGAUUGUGGUUCUUCCUCUGGCAAUUCUGUUCGUUGCUUGUGUUGUUUAUUCGAUUUGGAGGAGGAAGAAGAGAAGUUCUCAUAUUGACUAUGAAGCAGAAGAAAAGGACAUGGAAUUGCCAUUGUUUGACUUGAAUACGAUUAAAGAUGCCACCGAUGACUUCUCACCAGACAACAAGCUAGGUCAAGGGGGCUUUGGCCCUGUAUACAAGGGUAAAUUGGGAGACGAUCAAGAGAUAGCAGUGAAAAGAUUAUCUAAGACAUCGUCACAAGGAGUGGAUGAAUUCAAAAAUGAGAUCACAUUGAUCGCGAAGCUGCAACAUCGAAAUCUCGUUAAGCUUCUUGGCUGUUGCAUCCAAGGAGGGGAAAGACUCUUGAUCUAUGAAUACAUGUCUAAUGGAAGCUUGGACACCUUCCUAUUUGGUGAAGCUCAAACUGUAAUCCUGGAUUGGAGAGCAAGGUACAACAUCAUUCUCGGUGUCGCUCGAGGUCUACUUUAUCUUCAUCAUGAUUCAAGAUUAAGGAUUGUUCAUAGGGAUCUUAAGGCAAGCAAUAUUUUGCUUGACAAAGAUAUGAAUCCCAAAAUAUCUGAUUUUGGCAUGGCUAGGAUAUUUGGAGGAGAUGAAUCCGUAUCAAUUACCAAAAGAGUCGUCGGAACCUAUGGCUAUAUGUCUCCUGAAUAUAUCAUAAAUGGUAUUUUUUCAAUAAAAUCUGAUGUAUUUAGUUUUGGAGUACUGGUACUUGAGAUAAUAAGUGGUAAAAGGAACAGAGAUGUUGACCAGUCGAUGGAACAAUUGAACCUUCUAGGAAACAUGUGGAUCAUGUGGAAAGAAGACAAAUGCUUAGAUUUAGUCGAUAAAAAUUUCAGCUAUCCUUUAUCCAAAAAUCAAGUGCUAAGGUGUGUAAAAGUUGGCCUUUUAUGUGUCCAAAAGCAUCCAGAAGAUAGACCUACAAUGUCUUCGGUGUUAGCAAUGUUGGUGAGUGUCGAUAAUAUUUCUCUCCUACCAGAACCUAAACAACCAGGCUUUUUUAUUGCAAGACUAUCAUCUGUAAGCUCAGAUGUUAGUAAUCGAGAGUUAGUGUCCGUGAACCAAGUAUCAAUCACUGAAAUGGUUGGUCGAUAGGAAUUGAAUGAUUAAAGUAUAUGUAACACGAAUAUAUAAAGGUAAAACAUGUA